UGAACAAACUCAUUUUCCUAAUUUUUUUUCCUCUUCUCAGUGUAAGAUGAGACGUGGGAAAAAACUGCCCCCACAAUAUGCCCUGGAGCUUCUGACAGUCUAUGCUUGGGAGCAAGGAAGCAUGGAAACAGGAUUCAACACAGCUCAGGGAUUUCAGACUGUUUUGGAAUUAGUCCUGAAGCACCAGCACCUCUGCAUCUACUGGGAAAAGUAUUAUGACUUUGAAAACCCUAUGACUGGACAAUACCUGAGAAGGCAACUUGCAAAACCCAGACCUGUGAUUCUGGACCCAGCUGACCCUACUGGAAAUGUGGCUGGUAAAGACCCAUAUAGCUGGCAGCUGCUGGCACAAGAGAUUAUCCUCAGAAGCAGUUCUGUGAGUGAGAAAAGUUUGCCCUCUCUACAGAUUGGGACAUUGAGGCAUGCCCAGUUACACACGUGUUCAAAGCUGCACAGCUAGGGACAGCUCGCAAUUUUUCUAUCGACUUAAAAAUGCCUUAAGAAAUAGUCUAUUAAUCAAAAAGUAAAACCAUUAUAGUCAUGCCAUUAAAAAAGAGAGAGAGAAGGAAAUUAUGUUUGUGUGUAUGUGUGUGUUAACCUAGAAAAACAUCUGAAAAGAUCUGCACCAAAGUAGUUGUAGUCUUUCAGGUUUAGGAUCAGGGAUGGACUUUAUGCUUUUGGAUUUUUCUGACCAUUGCUGUUUGCAAUAUACAUGUACUGCUGCAAAAAUCACAGGAGACAAUAAAACAAUUUUGUCAGCAACGAAAAAAGAGGAAAA